CGAUCUACCUUCUCUCUUCUCCACCACGACGAUGGCAGACUCACCUUCCUCCUCGCUGUCCGACACAAUCUGUGGCUUGUUCGCGUCCUAAAGCAGAGGUGUGUGGCCUUGCGUAGUGCAUCUUCUCUUUGCUGACCUGUCUUGCAAGUAGUUCGGCGGUGAAUGCUGUCGCGGUUCUCCCUUCUCCGACCAUGCGAUGGCCGACUGAGUCGUUCUCGAAAGGACUGACACCUCUCAGGCCCGCGGUACUCGAAACAAGCCGCGUUCUUGUCGCCUCACUCCUGAAGGGGAAGCUUUCAAGUUGGGGGCUGAAUCGAGGCGCAGGAGACCGGAGGCUGGCGGCGGGAGCUGACGCGGUAGAUGAUAUGGGAGAGGAAACGCAACGUUUGGAGGAGGGGCCGUCCCGUAUGGCGCCGGCGCUGGUAUUCACGACUCUCUUUCGACACGCUGCAUUCUCGUCCAUACUUAUAUUGCCACCUCCUCGGUAUACAAAGGCCAUUUCCUUGUACAGGAAUCCGAUAAGUAUCUCCUCCAAACGACACAAGGACGCCGGCGGGAACAACUUCCCUAUUUCAAGACCUUAUCCGUGUCCAGCGCUGCGGCAUACUCGUAGGAUCGUUAGCGUCCCGUCGUUUGGGACAGUUCCGGCGGGUGCCAAGCGUAUGGUCACUAUGGCAGCAAGGGGAAAGGGCGGGCAGGAACGAGUGCGGUGGAUGUACAGCGUGCUUGGCGGUAGAUUGGUGGUGCUGGGUGUCGGGAUUUCAAGAGCUAACCGCGCGCUCAAGGCUCUCUUUCGACUCGGACGCGCUCCGUUCCCUCAUUACGGAUGGCUCUGUCCCAUCUACAUGCGCCACUCGCCACUCACUAGUAACUCGAGACUCGAGACUGUCUUGAGUGACGAACAGAAUAGCUGUAUUCAGACACUCCAAGACUCGGACGGCCACGACUUCCAGCCUGAGCCCAAACAGGUUAUCGCUUCCCCACCAACCUGCGCACUCGCCUCUUCCUUCUCUCUCGACGCCUGCACUAUCUUGGCUGGCACGGAGGCAGGGUUGGCGACUCCGAGGGCGAACGAUUCGAAAUUAAGUGGUCGGACGACAGCUUGCAUACCCGGAACUUCUCCACUUCCCCUGGGCCCGCAGUACCAGGAAUGUCGCGCUCAAGACGCAGAUCGUGGUGGUGAAGAACGGAGAUCACAUGUCGGCCCGAUCUUAAGCUUCCUUCUUCUUUUCCGCGACGACGACGACGGGACCGACUUCGUCUUCCUUGCUCCCUAUCGCGCGGCUCGGAAUUGCACUGCUAGAGCUGCUGACUGCUCCGACGGCGCGGCUCUUGACGACGGGGACAGGGUGUGGCGAUACCGGCGAAUGGGAGUAGCUGUCAGGAUAUUGGCUGGGAGAGUAAAGCUGGCUGCCUACCUGCUCCCCGACACGUUCUGA